CUGCACGUUAAGUUCGCACUCAUGGUAAUGAUGUGAGCUUCAUUAAUGAUUUACUCAUCUAAACUCAUUGGCGUGCCUGACCUCGGAGAGCCGACUACUCGCAUUGGUUUCAGUCAGUCAAUCAUUAAUGAAAGUAUCAAUCAAAAUAGUUGUUGUUUUUGGACUGAUGAGUUUAGAUCAUCUGAUGCGACUAGAACAAACAUUUCGCUGUUGGGUGAAUCAGAAACGACGGACUUGAUCUGACCAGCCUUGGCAGCACAAGAUUAACUGAACGCAAAGCUGCAACCUUGUUGUAUAUGGAGAGCAGGCCUCUCUCAUGAGAAAAAGCACGCUCACUGAAGUUGUGAAGAAGGAUGCCUGUCCGUGAAAGAGGAAGGAACUCUGGGAAACGGAACACUCCGGUGACUUUUGACUCCGCCUCCCUGCAGAUGUUUGGCGGGAUACAAAGCAGUUGUCCAGCACCAGCACCGUCAUCGUUAGGAAAGUGUUUGCAGGAGAGUCUCGCCUGGCCGGAGGGGAGCCGCUGUUGACCACGUCUCGCAUUCUGGAAGUUGGCCUGCACUCUGCUGCAUGAGAGCCAGACGAAAAAAACCAUGAGCUUUCUGUUCUCCAUCGUCAAAUUCGAGAACCUCCACGAGGUGAAGAGGCUGUGCCACUGGGGGCCGGUCAUCGCCCUGACGGUCAUCGCCGUCUGCUCCACCAUGGCCAUCCUGGACUCCAUCAUCUGGUACUGGCCCUUAGACACCACAGGUGGCAGCGUCAACUUUAUCAUGCUGAUAAACUGGACCGUUCUCAUCCUCUACAACUACUUCAACGCCAUGUUCGUGGGUCCAGGGUACAUCCCCCUGGGGUGGAAACCAGAGAAUAUGCAGGAGUCUGCGUACCUGCAGUUCUGUAGAGUUUGCCAGGGAUUCAAAGCACCGAGAUCACACCACUGCCGCAAGUGUAACAGGUGUGUGAUGAAAAUGGACCAUCACUGCCCGUGGAUCAACAACUGCUGCGGUCACCUGAACCACGCCUACUUCACCAGCUUCCUCCUGCUCGCUCCGCUGGGCUGCAUUCACGCUGCCGUCAUCUUCAUCAUGACCAUGUACACCCAGCUCUAUGACAGGAUAUCCUUCGGCUGGAGCUCGGUGAAAAUAGACAUGAGUGCCAUCAGAACACACAAUCCCAUCAUGCCAUUCAGCGUGGCUGCCUUCGCCGCCACUCUCUUCGCCUUAGGCCUGGCGCUUGGCACCACCAUCGCCGUGGGAAUGCUGUUCUUCAUACAGAUGAAAGUGAUCAUCCGAAACAAAACUUCGAUCGAGGCCUGGAUCGAGGAGAAGGCCAGAGACAGAAUCCAGUACUACCAGACAGGAGAGGAUUUCAUCUUCCCCUAUGACUUGGGCAGCAGGUGGGAGAACUUCAAGCAGGUGUUCACCUGGUCAGGUGUGCCUGAGGGAGAUGGCAUCGAGUGGCCUGUACAUGAGAAGUGCCAUCAGCACACCUUAACUAUCGAGCAGUUGAAGCAGAAAGCUGACAAAAGGGUUAGAAGUAUUCAGUACCGGGUGGUGGAAGACUAUAAUGGAGCAUGCUGUCCGAUCGGGAAAGGGGUACAGACCUUUCUGAGGACCCCCUGCACUGAGGAGCCCCGGAUCAGCCUCACGAAGGGGGAGCUGCUGUUUGCCACCCGGGGAACCAAGUGGUGGAUGUACGGGGACAAGGUUCUGGAUGAGGAGCGGAUGAAAACUGGAGCUCGUAUGAGAGGGUGGUUUCCCAGGAGAUGUGUGGAGAAAUGUCAGAACGACACGGCAAACAACUCUACCACCAGCGAGGAGAAAAAAGAGAAUUAAUAUAUUCGAGAGAGACGUGGUGCGAAGGGGAGCAGCAGCAGGGGCAGGGUUUGCUCGGGCGCUUUCGGCUUGAUCUGGUGCAGAACUCUUUCUUUACUUGAACCUGUUAUGAUUAUUAUUUUUACUUUCUGUUCUUGCCGUGGCUCAGACGGGAGGAGAGUGUCAUGCACUUCUCUGCAUUCUUUGUACAGUAGAAAUGACGUCUUUAUUUUGUUACAUUUUUCUAAGAUCAGACAGACCAUCACCUUACUCUUUGGAUUUUAAAAAAGGAAAUUUUGCCACACCGGAGUGGCUUUGCACAUUGCUUUUGUAAAUCAGUGUGUUCUACAUUUACAAAUAUCACAUCACCUUAUUAAUUCUUUCUGGCCUCAGUCUGAAUGCCUACAGAGAGUGAAAAAUCAGCAUAUUCUGGCAACAUUUAUCUGAGCGGGGUGGGGGG